ACUGAUGCUAACAGCCACAGUCGGGCUCCGAGGACGGGCUGGAAGAACAUCGGCUUCUUUUCUCUUCUACCGCCCGAAAGCGGAUAACAACUCCACGCGGAUUUAUUUGUUACGGUGGUAACGUCGACGCGGAUAACAUCGAGUGGAACCUUGCUGCGGCCUUUAUGUAAGGUCAAAGCCCUACGGCAACGGGUCACAGACGGGAGGAGAGACUCGGGAGAAAAGCAUCUGGCCUCAGAAGCCGGGAUAAGCUGUGUUUUUAUUUUUUAUUCAGUCCCCCAAUCACGACACCAGCCAAGAAAUCCACUUGCACGCAAACCAUGGAGGCCAUUGCCAAAUACGAUUUCAAAGCCACUGCUGAUGAUGAACUUAGCUUUAAACGUGGAGAAGUCCUCAAGGUAUUAAAUGAAGAGUGCGAUCAGAACUGGUACAAGGCGGAGCUAAAUGGGAAAGACGGCUUCAUUCCCAAGAAUUACAUCGAGAUGAAAGCCCAUCCGUGGUUCUUUGGGAAGAUCCCCCGAGCCAAAGCCGAGGAGAUGCUCAACAAACAAAGGCAUGAUGGCGCCUUCCUCAUUAGAGAAAGUGAGAGUGCACCAGGCGACUUCUCCCUCUCCGUCAAGUUUGGCAACGAUGUGCAGCACUUCAAGGUUCUCCGUGACGGGGCCGGGAAGUACUUCCUGUGGGUGGUGAAGUUCAACUCCCUCAACGAGCUGGUGGACUACCAUCGCUCCACCUCGGUCUCCCGUAAUCAGCAAAUCUUUUUGCGAGACAUCGAGCAGGUCCACCAGGUAACAGCUGUCACGCAUCCCACAUACGUGCAGGCGCUCUUCGACUUCGACCCGCAGGAGGAAGGAGAGUUGGGUUUCCGCCGCGGCGACUUCAUCCAAGUGCUGGACAACUCCGACCUCAACUGGUGGAAAGGAGGCUGCCAUGGCCAGACGGGGAUGUUCCCCCGCAACUACGUCACGCCCGUCAACCGGAACAUGUGAAACAACCACCGCCAUCACCCUCAUUCUAGGUCUCAUCAGCCCCUCCCCCCCACCCAGCCCUCCUCCUCUGGCUCAGACGGGAAGAAAGUGAAAGUGAAAGAGGACAGAAGUGCAGUCGUGAGGAUGGGAACUGCCUAGGAGGGGGAAAAGUGUGAAAGUGAUCCACAGCAACUUCUGCCUACUUCUUAACAUUCUUGUCUCGUCUUUCCGUUCGCCUUUUUUGCCGCAUGUUGUUUUAAUGAAAAAAGAAAGGCAUCAAAAAGAAGCGCUUUUAAAACCGAGAAAAUGUCCAAAAAGAAGGGGAGGUGACGCCGCAGCAAGCUUCCACGUGAUUGGCUGUACAAAGAAAUCAAGUAUAGAGAGAAUCCAUUUUUGAAGAAAAGAUAUUAUAUAUUUCUAUGUUUGUUUCCUUCCUCACACAUCGUAUUAUUUCUUUUGUAAAUUAUGUUGCAUCCUUUUCUUACACUCUAACCUUGUCCUUCAACUUUCCACCUGGCAGAUCUCAUAGCUACGCUUUUUCCAAACGGAAAGCGGAGAAGAACGCAAACCUGCCAGGAAGCAGCUGUCAGAGGUCGGCCAUCUUGUCCAAAAAAAAAAAAAAGGCUGUACGCGUUUAAUGGCGGCCAUGUUGAACAGGGCGGCGGAAUGUAGCCGAGGUGAGGGAUUGUCAAUCCACGCUGUAAUGUCCUGAGAUUGCAUCAUCACGUGUCAACACUUCCAACAACUGAGAGAUUGUCUGUUUGUGGUUCCCAUUUUGUCAAAUGUGGUGUGAAGCACUUUUUUAUUUUGUUGGUCAAAGAUUUCGAUCGCCAUUGUUUCUUGCUCUCUCUGGAUAGUGCCUUUCUCUCUGGUGUCUCCGUGUCCCCCCGCCCAGCAGUGAGAAAUGGUGUACAUAAUAAUCGUCACCUCGCCUUCACCUUAGUCCUCGCCUACAUGGAACUCUUCUUAUUUAAGUGUCUCUCGCCUCGUCUUACCUAAUGAUACUGUUUUGGUUUUGCUUUUUUUUUUUUUUUUU